AUGUGGAAAAUUCGUGAAUUACAGGACAGAGUGUAAGUUAUUUUACUUUAAAAAAGGAGUUUAUAGACAGUACGAUACGGAGGCUUGAUCGAUUGAUAGGCUUUGACCUUAUUUUAUGCACCCAAGUAAAAGCUAAUUAUUUCCUUUUUUGGACAGCACUAACGUAGUUAUGAACUACACCGAAAUUGAGGCGAAAGUCAGGGAAGCCACAAAUGACGACACUUGGGGUCCUCACGGAACUGUCAUGGCCGAAAUAGCAAGGUAUACGUACACAUACGAGCAUUUUCCAGAAGUGAUGUCUAUGCUUUGGAAAAGAAUGCUGCACGAAAACAAAAAGAACUGGAGGAGAAUUUACAAGGUUCGAACGCAAAAUUAGUACGUUAUAUUUUUGAACUAUUAUAAAAUGAAAUGAUUUGUUGUUCUAUUUCUUGAAGGGGGUCUUCUUCUUGUUUUUCAGUCUUUGUUACUUCUCACCUAUCUCGUAAAGAAUGGGUCGGAACGUGUGGUAACCAACACCAGAGACCACAUUUACGACUUGAGGCAGCUGGAAAACUUCAGCUUCUUUGAUGAGUACGGGAAAGACCAAGGAGUGAACAGUAUGUAUAAUGUCUAUUUGAGCUUUAUUUUAACAGGGCUGCAAAUAACAGUUGGGUGUCUAGAAAACUCAGAUCUCAUACCCCCCCCCCUUAAUGUAGAAAACUUGUGAGUUUUGGGGGCGUCUGAGUUUUGUAGGUCUGAGCUUUCUUGAAUGCCAGUAGCAUUCGGUCUGAUGAAAUCCUACUUGUCAUAGUUGUUUGCCUGACCAAGUUUUGUGGUUAGUCCAACUGUUAACGGUGACAGCAGUUGGACAUGUAUCAAUUUUAAAAGGAAUAUUUGCAGCCCUGAUCAUAAUGUCUUUCAUAAUAAAAACAGUACAUUCUUUGUAGUAACCACCUCGGGAAGAUUACUUCAGAUUACAAGUGAUGGGGAUGAUAUGAAUGUGCAAGGAUCAUUACUUUUGACAGUGAAGUGAAACCACUUAAAUAAAAUUUGACAUACAUAUCACAAACAUUUAAAAGUUUUGAAGUUUUGUGGGUGGCUACACAGCGCAUGAUCAUCACUGUGGGGGGUUUUAGGGCGCUUUCCAAACUUCGGAACUGGCAGCCAGACCAUGGCUGGACCGGUCAUUUUGACGAGGAAAUAAGCUUAUACCAAGAGUUUUUGCAGAAAAGCCAUCUCAAUAAUAUUUAGGAUUUGACUGAUGUGGCUGGUUACCUUUGAUUAACAAGUGAAAUUCUUAUUACGAAGGGAAUGGUCUGGCUAGUCAGUUCUGACAAAUGGAAAGUUUCCUUAGUUUUGUAGUUUUGGAGGGGGUGUAGGUCUUAGCUGUAGAGACACCGUGUGGAAUAUUGCAAUUUGCAAACUGCUGUUUCAUACAAACUAGCCAUUGUUUCAACUGUGUGCAAUUUCUUUAGUUCCUUUAUAUCCUAUUUAGUUAUCUUCAAGUUUCCUCCUUACAUUGGUUAGGGUGGCUUUUCUUUGCAGGUGGUCAAUAAACUCGAUUUAGCAUUAUCAAAAUCACUGCUACCUUCGAGGUCCUAAACAAACGUCUUUCAUUCUACUUGUUAGAAUAUAUUUGUCUUAAUUUAUUGUUCUCAUCUUUUUUAAUCCAGUUCGCCACAAAGUGAAAGAUCUUAUUGAGCUGGUUCAAGAUGAUGAAAGGCUGAAGGAUGAAAGGAAAAGAGCAAAGAAAAAUCGGGACAAGUACAAAGGUGUUUCCAGUGACGACUUUUCAAGAAACUACAGUAAGAUUUUGUCAGUUACUUUUGGUAUGAAUGUUAUGGUUGGUAACUACAGAUUAAAUGUUAGAAGAAGCGUUUGAUGAGGAGCCAAGCAAGUUCACGCCUGAUGAAGCACGAACUUAACCCAUUCACACCCUCACUGUACCUGUGUGACAACCCCCAAAUAACCUUAGUUCUCCAUAAGGUAGAUUUUUUUAAUGGUCAAGGACAACUUUGUCAUGUAACUUGUGCAUGAGGGAGAGAUCUUUAAACCACGCCAUAACGAGCACAAUUCAGUCAAGGAGGCCAGAGAAAAAAAACCAUGUAAAGUUGACCCAAAAAUCCUGAUAAAAGUCUUGGUCCACUACCCAACUUCACUUCUUUCCAUCUAAUCCUAUGAUUUUAAAGUAUUUCCCAAAAACUUUUCCCUUCUAACUGCAGCUUAGUGAAUGGUCAUCAAAAGGAGCAAAUAGGGCCAGAAAAACGAAAUAGAUGGAAGGAGGGAAAGUAAAAGAUUAAAGUCAUGACUGGGUCCGAAAUGCUAUAGGUGGAUAUUUUGCAGUUUUUUGCCAGUUUUAGUUUUUUAUGGCUAGAAAACGGUGGAAACGGUUUUUCCAAAAGCAAGUGGGUCAAGGGUCAGAGGAUUUGGCAAGAAUUUCAAGGAACAAUGGAAACGUAAUGUUUUUACCAAAAUCUUGGGAAGGGUGGGUCAAAAACGGUUUGUAUCCUUGAGGAUUUGGCAAGAACAUUCAAAUUCGCAGAACAAUAUCAAAGGCCUUUUACAUGUAUUAUACCGUGAAGAAUUUAGUGGUCGGCAUGUUCAGACAAAGAAAGAAGCAUCAAAAUUGAAAAUUAUCCUAUCAUUCCCAUUUUUUUAUGUAACUUGGGGAACAGUCCAUUUGUUAUUUUAAUUUCUGAUUUCAAGCAAUAAUGAUUAGCUUAAUGUACCAGGAACAAUGUUUUCAGAUGUUUUGCGGCAAAUGACAGGAACGAGGAAACUCUACAGGGACAACAGGGACUACCACUUGGGGAGGGGAGGCCAGGGUGAAAGUCACUUCCACUGAACCCUGUUGAACUGGCCAAGAGGAAGGGAAAAACCAAGCAAUUCUAAACAAGCCCAGAAUGCAUCAUGCAACUAGCGCCCAGACUUGACACGAUGGAAUUUAAAAGAGUUUCUUAUUUCUCACAUUACAUGCCAAAAUAUUAUGUACCCAAUGAGAAUAGUAAAUUAACUGUAGAGACGAUGUCCUCCAUGGUUUUAUUAUUUACACAAAACGAUUUCAUUUAAACAAAAGUGAAAUGAAAUUUUGAUUGCAGAUUGAGAAACCUUGUUGUUUUUAUCAUUGCAUCACAGGUGAUCGUUAUGAUUCUGAGCCACGUGGAACAGAUCAGUUUGAUGAAUUCAAUGGAAAAAGUGUACGUAAAAGUAAACUCAGAGAAUGGCGAGAGCGAGCAGGGUCUUAUGGAGAGUACAAAGAUAAGGAAAGGUAAUUAAAGGAACUGUGCUGUAACUGUCCAUCAUUUAUGUGGAGCUACUUCUUACAACAGACUUUAGUUUGUCUUGAAAUACAGCAAUGGAAUCCAUGACUUUACUUUGUACUGAUACUUUUAUUUUGUGUCUCAGUUAGGUCGACUAAACAUUAGACAGAAUGUUUAAAAGAUCAUUUGCAGUUUCUGCGAGGUUUCCUUGUUAAGAUAUAUUCAUAGACAGUGCAUAGAUAACCAACAUCUGUAAAGUGAGGUUGACAGUAUAUGAGAGUAUGUGACUCGGUACAUACGGUCAAGGGACACAAGUAUUCGUCAGUUUCAAUAUGGCGGCAUUUGUUUACAUUUUACGUGCACUAGUUUUAACACCGUAUUUGGUAAAUCUUACUUUAAAAUCACCUUAAUAUUUAGUGAGAUGACCCUUCAUUUUAAUGACAUUGUCUAGGUGGUCAGGUAUGGACUGGUAAAGGUUUUUUAUAUAAUCAAAUUUGAUGUUCUGCCACACACUCUGGAUUGCACGUGGAAGAUCAUUUUUGGUAGCGAUAUUUACCACAGACUUUUAUAGCUCUCUCUUCAUGUAGAGCCAGAUAUUUUUUAUUAUAUUUAAAUCUGGUGAUUGUGCUGGCCAUUCCAUUGAGGUUACUUCAUUUUGAUCUUUAUAAUUGUCUACAUUGUGGGCUCUGUGAACAGGCGCAUUGUCAUCCAUGAACAAGUAUUCUCUUCCCUCAAAAUACCAGACAACUACUGACCAUAAGUUCUUGUCGAGGAUGUCAAUAUACGUGGCAGAGUUAAUGUUGCCUUCAACUGCAGUCAGAGUUCCAACACCAUCAUAACAAAUACAUCCCCAGAUCAUCAAACUUAUCUUCCAUUCAGAGCAAGAACAAAUAAGAUGCGGGUUGUACUUUUCAUCGUCUUUUCGCCAAAUGUAAACACAUUUGUUUGUACCAAGCGCAAUCUGACUUUCAUCUGAAAAUAUUACUUUUCUCCAGUAGUUGUCUACUGUUCUACCUCUUUGCUCUUUGCACCACUUGACUUGCUUUUUUCGAUUCGCUUCCUGAACCACCAUUUUCUUCUUUUCUAACCUUCUUUUAUAUCCUUCCUAAUGCAACACCCUUUGCACAGUUUUCUGGCUGAAAGUCUUUGUUUUGCACUUGUUUAUCUUUGCACUAAUGUUCUGUAAGGUAAGAUGUCUGUUACUUUCAACCAAACACUUAAAAGCAUUUCUGUCUCUAUUUGUGAAGCUCUUUUUCCUUCCACUUCACUGUGCCAAGUCUCCACUGUGCCAGUCCUUCGAUACUUGCUUAGAACACUCGUGAUAGUCGUUCUUGGAAUGUUCAACAGUCUUGACAGUUCUGCUUUGUUUUGCACAGAUUGAGACAGAGUAACAAUUAAUUCUUUGGUCUUUGUGUACAGUUCAGCACCUUUUCGACUCAUGAGAACUAAAAAUUAAUUCUCAGAAGCAAAACCAAAAAAAUAUAACCAUUUUUUUGUGACCUACCGUAAAAUUCCGAAAAUAAGCCCCUCCAUGUAUAAGCCCCCUAAACCGGUAACGCAAAAAACCCUCCGUUAAAUCGCCCCUCCAAAUAUAAGCCCCCCGGGGGCUUGUAAUUAGAAAAUUGCCCUCAAAUACAAAGUAAAACAAAGCAAAAAUGGUAAAUUUCCUUCCAACUAUAAGGCUAGCUCAAUCGAUUUGGAAACGCAAAUUUCCCUCCGUAGAUAAGCCCCUUUGAAUAUAAGUCCCUCCAAAAAUAAGCCCCUCAAAAAGGGCCUUUGAAAAAUAUAAGCCCCAGGGCUUAUUUUCGGAAUUUCAUGGUAACCUUGAAGUUAACGUUGAAUGACUGAAUUAGCCUGCUUAGCAGGCGUCGAAAGGGGUAGGGGACAGGGAGGAAGGGGAAAAAGAGGGGGUUUGGGGAGAGAGGGUAAGGGGCGCCUGCUAUAAGAACCCCCAUUUGUUCAUUGCCUUAACAUUAAAACCCCAACUGGGACCAACUGUAAUAGCUUGUUUAGCAGGCAGAGAUGCUCAGGAGGUGUUGUAUACUGGAUUUGUCCAAACACCGAGUGGCGAUUCAAGGUGAUUGCAAUUCUUGCCAGACAUCUGCAAUGCCAAUAUUCACAAGAUGGCCUUUUGUGCAAAAACAUAUGCCGUCUUGAAUGAACUUCUAAAUGGUUUGUAAAGAGAGAGCUGAAACUUUGGUAGAAACUAUCCGAUGAGCUUUUUGACAACUGUUUAUAAUUCUCCUUUCAUUAUUCGCGUCUCAGGCUACCAGUGAUUGUUCUGUUCUUUGUGACCAUUCUGUUUGAUGAGGUAAGACCAAAGGUCUUGUGUAUUCACAUGAAACUGAUCAUUGUUUGUAGUAGACUGCAAGCAGUAAAAAAAAGAGAGAGACGGCUUGUACUCUAUAUGUUUGCCAUGUUUGCUUUGGGAGUAAGAACAGUAAAGAUGUUCUAUUUUGCUUGAUUAUGAUAUUACUUGAAAAAAGCGUCUCGACUUGACAAUUUCUGGUAAACAAAGCAAUUAAGUUCGGACCAUGCUGAGAAGCCCCCUACAAGUGAUUGGUCAUGCAUUAACAGUUGAUGUCAUUGGAUUAGUUGAGAAAAUGGUGGGUGGAAUACAAAAACACCGUCUCUUAUAGCAGGCGCUCCCUUCGCUUUUUCCCUCUUUUGCACUUUUCUCCCUCCCCCUACCCUCUUUUUGUUCCUGCUAAACAAGGCAUCAAAACACAAACAGCUCACAUUCCUUUUCUUUCGGAAACUAUGCAAUUUUUUUCGUACUCUUGGUCGAUUUUUGAUUGUUUCUUUUUUUGCCAAUUUUCCCGCCUUUAUUGACCAAAUGCACACCCUCCAUCGAGUUUUUACUGUUGACAUUGUGCACAACAAGUGUAAAAAUUUUGCGCGUCUGUUAUGAAAGUGACAAAUACUUGACUGUAGAAGUGUCUGUUGUCGGUAUUAACCUGUGUCCGUAUUCAGCGGGUUGAUUGUAGAGGAAAUGUAUGAGCUUUUUGUCAGUGUGUGGGUGUCCAUAGAGUGAGGUUCCUCUGUAGCUUGAUCAUUUAUACUUUUGUUAAUAUUAAUACUUGAUAGGUACUUUUAGUCUGAGACUAUGAUAAACGAUCCUGGAAAAAAAUUUAACCGUUGUUUUGUCAUGCUUUGCUUAAUAUUGAUAGAAUUAGUUUAUUUAAUUGUAAUGGUUAUCCUUAGUGAUGAAGAGGAAGCAGAAGAAGCUUCUGAAGAAAAAGACAGAGAUAUUGUCAACAGUGCAGAUUCAUCCAGAAAUCCAACUCCAAAAUCAUCGACUAAAUUUGGUGCAAAAACUAUUGAUCUUGGUGCCGCUGCAAAUUUUGGGAAAUCAGAAAUAACUUCUUCUAUUGAUUUGCCAUCAAAUGUUAAAACAAGUUCAGCACCUACAUUGCAAGUUGGUAAUGCAGACUUGGUGGACUUAUUUGAUUUAACACCUCCUGGUAUGCAGCCUUUACAGACUUCUGCAACUGUCCCAGCACAAAAAGACUUCUUUGCAGAUUUUGCUUCUGCUCCUCCUGGUGGAGGAAGCAUCAAUGGUAAGGCGAAAGUUGUUAAUAUAUGUGCCUUUAGCCUGAGAUCAUGCCCUCUCCCUAUUAUCCCUUUAUGUCUCUCACGGGAAGAGGGCAUGAUACAUUUCUUUGUCGGAUCACAUGUGAAAAAGCCAGAAUCUGGACUUUUUUCUGAUUGGAUAGGAAACAAUACUGAUGAUUUGCGCUGUUCCGAUUGGCCAAAAUGCCGCCAUCCAUUAGUUGUUGUUGAUUUCACUCUGCAUUUUUUCUUGCAUAAUGAGCAUUGAAUACACAGGCGAGUUCGUUAUGACAUUUCUGCCGGCUCAGUUUUCUUGAAUUUGAAAAAUGUCUAAAUAGAAGUUUCAUCCAUUGAAAUAUUUUCCAUCUCAUCGUAUACUAAAAAGUUGCAGUCAAAACUUCCUCGAUCAUUUGAAUGCAAUUUGAUACCGGUUACAAGUUACAGAAGCGACAAAUGGGUUCACUUUUCAAAUAAUCAAUUCAUGAAUGGAAUCUUGACCUGGUUUGACUGUAAUUCUUCCUUCAGAAAUCUGCGAAUUAUUCUGAGCGAUCUUCGCUUUCACAACACCUUUCAGUUCGUGAAAUAUGGUGCUUCAGCCUUUUUUUUUUUUUCACUGCUUUCGGCAGAGAACGAAGUCAAAGAGCUUUAACCAGUAAAUUCUUUAUUAUUUGUAGCUGUUGAAUAAAGGUACGACAGCUCCAGCCAGCAGUAUUUCAUCACAAAACCAACAAAUUUAUAUUUUUUUAGGAAUCGAAGCGCCAUCUGAACAUGGACAUACUUAAAAAUGUUCUUUUCCCUAAAAUUGAUUUCAAAAGAGACAUUAUUUGUGCCAAAAUUUGAUUCCUGUAUGGUAGACGCUUAUUAAUAACAUGACAGAUCAUGCAGACGUUAGAUUAUGUAAAUUAGGGGGCGGUUGACGGCUUGUUAAAUGAAUGUAUCAGGCGUUAUUUUUUUCCCUCUGGAGCCAAAGAAGCAAAAAGAAAAAAUAAUAAUAAUGCUUGAUCUCAGGUUAAUGUGCCUUAAGGUCAUCUAUAGGGACAAUAUUUUAUUUCAGUGAAUGCCAAAAGUGCAGUCAUUGUCAUCAACUAGUCUACAUUACAUUCAUGAAUCAUUUAAAAUACCAUGUACUCCAUUUGUGUAACUAUAUUAUAUGUAGUUAUUAUAACAGCAGAUGGCUUGCUAGUAGUACAGACCAGGGCCCAGUUCCUAGAAGUCAGAUAAACAUAAACCCAGGGUUAAAACUUACAAUGAUAGAUAUUGUAUGUUCAAAUCUUAGCCUUUUAUCUUAUUGGCUUAUGUUCUCAUAGAUUGAUUAACAUAUUGCUUGUCAAGAAAAUGUCAAAUUUGGGUUUAAGGUUAACCGUCUUUUGAGCAACCUGUGCCUGGUAAAUUAAGUGUUCUUCUUUUGUACUUACAUGCAUGGCUGGUUUGUGCUGAUCAGUAGCACAGUUCACGUGUACAAACGAAAUGUGGCACAUAUAAAGUACAAUAUCUCCUCAACCUUAGCAGCUACAAAGCUGUCCCCUAGCACAAACAAUAACAACAUGUUGAACUACAGAUCUGCCAAAAAUCAUGGAUAUUUAUUGAAUUCUGCAUUUUUUAGAAAUUUAUUUUUUUACAAAAAUGUGCAUAAUUCGGGCCGUCAUGCGUAACAUUCACACGCAGCAAAUUAUCAUUUUGGUAACAUUUCAUGUUUUAACCAUAAUAGAUUUGAGCGGAACUAGUAUCCUUACAAAUCAAAAUUAUUCAUAGAUUUUAGCUGUAUAGGUCAAACGUUGUCGGAAAAAGCGGUUUUUGAGAAAAGUGAGCUGUGUUGAACCAGUGUACCAGCGUCAUGCUGUACGUUUCAAUCCAUGAAAUCAGCAAUGCGUCCAACAUUUCAAAAUGUAGAUUGCUUCAAAGAUAAAAUGGCCUCAAUAACUGGAAUCCUCAUUUUUUCAACAGUCAAUCCUGAAAAUUUUAGCGUAAUUCCUCUUUACCAUCCAGAGAACGAAGCAAAUUUCUGAUUACCAAACACUUUGAAACGCGCCAUGUUUACACCUGAUUUUCUCAAGGAGGGCAAAAUGCAAGCAGUCUCUGCACACGAAGCAUGAAACUGACCUUGCUGAUUUUCUUUCAUGUGUCAUUCUCAAGUCACAACAAUUGUAAAUAGCAACUUUCAUGGAAAAAUAUAAGAAAUUGUGUGCGCUAGAAGCAAUUUUCUGAAUACCAAACGUUUUGAAAGUUUCGUGGAAGGUUUCAGGUUACAUUCAGCAACAUCGAUCUCAAAGAAAUGCAUCAACCUCGCAAACUUUCUCGGCCAUCUCACUCGCUUUAACUCAAAGGAAGACUUCACAACGACCUUGGUAACCACCCAGAAGCUUAUUGUUAUGCAACAAAUCGAAAACACGCGAGAAAACGUUCAGUACACGUGCGGUUUUAGUGACAUUCUAGGGCUACAAUUGUUGGCAUAAUUUACUUUAUUUACAUGAUAAAAACACAGACAAAACGAAAAUUUAUGUCCUUACUUUUCUUUCAUUUUCAAAAGAACAUUUUUGUGAGAAAAAAUUAAGAAAACGGACCUAAUAAUGUUAACAAACAUGAAAUGGGUGGGGCCGCAAUGCAUCCUGGGUACUACAGCAAUGUUAUUGCUCCGAUUAAGUCAAAAUGGGCUAACAUGUUGUAAUUUGGUUAAAGAGGUUCAUUUUCUUUGCAAAUAAAUGAUUUUAAAUGAAUUUUGAAGUUUUUUAGAAUUUUUGAUAUUUUCUUAACAUGUUAUGCAUCUGUACAUGUGUAGUGUGCUACUGAUCUGCUGUUUCUGAAAUUUUGUAACAACUCAUUUGCAAAAAUACAUGUAUACUGUUGGAAUUAAAUGAAGCUGUGUUUCUUUAAGCCACUAACCUGCACACAACUUAAUCUUGUCAAUUUGAACUGUUUAGGCUUCAAAUAUUGUCUUCAACCUCUGUACACCAAACAAACUCCCAAUUUAGGGCUUACUUUCUUAGAUAGUAGAGCACUUGACUGUAUAAGAGCAGGAAGUCAGGAUCAAUCCCCAGGGCUGGGCCAAUACUCAGGGUCAUAACAUAACUGAGAAUUGAAGGUACUACCUCUACCCAGCAAACAGCAAGACUUUCACAUGGCAGCCCCUACUUCUCCAGCCCUCACGGGGGCAUAAAAAUAAUAGUGUGCUUAGUUGGCACUUUUGUUCUGGUUACAUUGACACUCAGUGCUUUAAUCAGUUCAACUCAAAAGCAGCUGUGAUAUAACUACUUUGAUAUCAUGGGUGACAAAUAACUCCUUAAUCUUGGCACAAAAUUUCAGCAUUAAUUAAUAAUAAUUUCACAUGUGAAAUUACAAAAUUGCUAUGGCAAAGUUCCGUACGUCUCAGUUCCAAUGUUGUGUAUGAAGAUUUCAAGGUAUUUAAAGAUGCUAAACACAUGAAAGAGAACUAAGAAGAAUUCUAUCAGUGCAUGGAGUUCUCAAUCGAUUGUGAGUACAAUUUGUCACCCUUGAUAUUAAAGUGGCCAUCACCUAAAAUUUUUUAUUUUCUUAUCUGAAACUACACCUUAUUAAAAUAAUUUCUGCGAAAAAAUUUGGCGAUUUGAACCAAAGACGAUUUUUUUAGAACUUUUUAAAAACGUUGAAAUUUGCCACCAUUUUGGCACACCAUUCAUCUUAGUCUUCUCUCGCACUAUGACUAAAUAUGACGUACUUUAAGGAACACAUGACCUUAUUGACAGGAAAACAUUAAGAGUUCUGGUAGGUUUUUCUGUUUCAGAAAAUCUUUCUUCUUGCGAAGACAUUAUGAUUCAAUCCUUACUUGUAAUUUAUCUUUUUUGUGUACAGCUGGUGAAGACAAGGUAAUGCGAGUUCCUUAAUUUACGUCACAUGACGUCAUAUGUGAGCUUGCUAGUUUGCAUGAUCAGCGGCGCGGGUGUACACAAAAAUGUAGACUUCAAAAAUUGGUAAAAAAAUUGCGUUUUGUUCAAACCGCAAAAUUUUUUUGCAGAAGUUAUUUUAAUAACGUAUAGUUUCAGAUAAGAAAAUAUAAAAUUUUAGGUGAUGGGCACUUUAAAAGGUAAUCAAAUGGUAUACUUGUGAACUUAGCGAAUAAUUUCACUUUAGCCUGCGUUGCAGAUCCUCUAAAUCUUCUGUGUAGAGCAUCUGCAAAUUAAUGCACAAUAUUGAGUUGUAUUAGAGUUGCAAGGACAUACGUCGGCAUUUUUGAUUGGCUAAUUUCUUACGCAGUUUGUGAUUAGUCGGAUUGGAAAUAAAGUGUGGACAGGCCAAACAUGACUCACAGCUCGUGAAAAGAGAGAAUGAGCUUGUGAUAGUGUGAAACAUGACCUUAGCAACAGAGGUUUUUCGUGCUUUCCUCUCUUAUAGCGUAGGUUAUGCAGUUCAUGGAGUAUUCUUAACUUUGACUAAGCAAAUCUUAUUUUUGUCGCUUUGAGUCUCACAUUUAGAGGUUAUGGAUCUGGUCUGUUAUAUGCAUUUUGAGUAAGGUCCUGUGGUUUAUGUUUUUGUAGAUCUGACAGGAUUUGAUCAUUAGUGCAGUUUACUGCUACAUUGUUUUCUUUUACUUCUGUUAAAGCCUUAAGCUUUUUAUUGUGGCUAAAUACAUGUAUGUAGUUUUUUUUGUCCAUGAAUAUCAUAAUUUCCCGAUUUGUUUUGAGACUAGAAUUGUUGGCUGGGUUGCAGAAUAUGCAGCAGUGCAUCUUCAGCGAUUGGAAAAAGCUGGAAAACCAGUUGGCAAAUUCUGGCCUUGAAGGAAUUGUUCUCUCUUGAAGAAGGCUUUCAUGUUUGAACUGCCCUUCCAUUGUUUACUAUAAACACCUCUUGCCAAAUCCCCUCUGUGAAUUUUGACAUGUCACUGAACCCAACCGUCAGGCACACGUAACAAUUGGGCUAAUCAUGAGACUGGUAAGAAAACCGCCCAUCAGAAAUGCUCACAUAUAUCCUUGCGACUCUGCUGGAUAUCAGAUCAAGCUUUUGUGCAGUAAUUUGUUGACGGACUGUACAAAAUUUAGACAAUGCAUGGGCCAGUUGCAACGCAGGCUAUUACUAACAUUGUGGCAGAGAAUAAAAAGUUUAAAAGCAGCGUUGCAGUCAGUAAUUCUUUCAAGCGGCGGGUCAUGUAGACCAUCUGAGGGGUCAUCCAGACCAUGUGCUAUCUUUUUUUUCUGUAACUUUAUGUGUACAUUUCAUUUGUUGGGCCAGGAAGCCUUCUUUGUCGGUUCAAUGACCCGAGACCCAUCUCUUAUCUGGACCACUGAAAGGUGAAAAUUAAAAAAGUUUUCUCUCCACUCGCAUUUUCUUGACAUUAAAAAAGAAGUGCAACAAUGUACAAUACAAUUUAAUAGCAAUUUGUAGGAUUGAAAGAUAACAAAAAUAACUUACACUUGUAACUUUAAUGAAAAUGCAUCAAGGUUUGGAUUUUUCCAUUGGAUAGUGCUCUGUUGUGCCUUACUUAAACGCUAAGCAUAGGGUUUAGGUUUUAACGAAAAUGUUUGUCUUGCAGUAAAUUUUCUCCUCAUUAUCCUCUUUUUGUCUUGAAUAUAGAGAAAGGACCUGUAGUAGACAAUGAUGACUUUGGAGAUUUUGCGGCUUUCCGCUCUGCAAGCCCACCCCAAAACAACACAACUGAAGAAAACGUUUUCACUGCCUUUCAAAGCAAUGCUUUGAUACAACCUCAACAGGUAAUGCUCUCUGAUAUGUUAAUCAAUAGCUUCUCUUGUGAAUGUUGUUUCCAGUUUGUGAUCAAGGUUUAUUAUCAAAUUUUUCAGACAUUAUGAGUGCUAGUGGGGCCUGGAAGACCUGAAUGAACUGACCUGUUUGUCCAAGUGACUUGUAAAUUAAUGAUUGAAAAAACAAUACCUAACCUUUCUCUUUUUCUCACAUAUUAUAUUUGUCCUUUGGUACAGUAUUGUUAGAGAAACCAAAACCUGACCGUGUAACCAACUGACAACAUACAGUUAUGCUUAGAUAUAGAUCGAGGAAUACAACACCAAAAAUGUUUUGCUGAGUGAGGAAAUCGAAAGAUUAUGAAAGUUAUCUUGCUGAUAAAUAUUACUUAACAAAGUGUCAAAUUUAUUGCAACUAAUUCUAUUCAGUAGAGCAUUUCUAGUUUAAGAGAUAAUGUUUUACUAUACAUAACAUUAUAUUUAUUUAUUAUCAUAUUCAUGUCUUCAUUGUAGGUAGUAGUCAGUCACUCAGCAAAUCAGCCACCGCAGCAGGUCCUAUCCUCCUUCUCAGCUCCAUUGGCAACGAAUUCAACUCUUCAGCCACAAAGUAAUCUGCUGUCAUCAGGGGUGGAUUUUCAGCCUUUGCAGCCUACUGCACUUACCAAUCAGUUUUCCUCAGGAACAAUGCAAGGACAGUUUUUGAAUAAUUCACCAUUGUUAGUUCAACCUCAAACUGCUCAACAACCAAUAAGCUUGAAAUCACAGACUCUGACUCCUUCAAAGCCAUUAAAUGCCAGUGGAAAGCCAGCAUCAGAAUUAAUUGCAGAUAGCACGCCAUUGCAUCAGGUAUUUGUUGCUGAAAUAACUUUUCUAACAGGUCACUUUUUAGAUCAUAAGCAGUUAAGGGGUGGUUGGAAGUUACAUGCUGUUGCUUGUGUUCUGUGUGCAAAAUAUAGUUGUUACAUUUAAUAUACAAUAAGUUUCAUUGCCGAAAUACAUAUUUUUUCAUCACUCAAGUACAUUUAUUUACCUAGAGAUUUGCAGUGGAUACAUUUUCAAAUUUCUGCUCCCCUACUAGUAAGUGAGUUUAUAUGUUGGUUUAGUUGAAAGUAUUUGCAAUGAAAGUUACCAGGCAAGGAGGAUGUGUGGGGGUGAACACAUCAGAGAUGCUUGGUGGUGCAGAUGGUGGUGCAGACUUAACAUAACAUAACAUACAUGUUUAUUCAAACUCAUAAUAACUACAUGAAUUUGAAAAGGAGAGUCUAGAGGUUAACCCUAUGAAUAAAACUCUCCUAAAAACAACAAACAAACAAUAAAAAUUACAACUUUAAAAAGGAUUUGAGUUUACAUUUAAAAAGUUCAAGGGAACCGGCUUCAACAACAUUACUAGGUAAAUUGUUCCAAUAACUAAUUACAUUGUUAAAAAAAGAAUAUUUAAAACAGUUGAUUCUAGAUAAUUUACAAUAAAGCUUAUACGAGUGAUUUGCCCUAGUGGAUUUGACUUUUGCGAAUUGAAAGAAUUCCUCAAAAUCCAAGUGUGAUAAGCCAAACACAAUCUUGUAACAUUCAACAAGAGAGGAAUAUGUCCUACGACUGGACAAAGAUGGCCAAUGUAACGAGUCACAACGCUCUUCAUAAGACAUAUCACCUCUUUUUUGCCUAAGAGCUAAUCUUGAUGCACGUCUUUGCACGCUCUCUAUUGCAUGAAUAUCUUUGACAAGAUAUGGGUGCCAGACUGGAGCAGCAUACUCUAAAAGCGGUCUGACCAAUGUUUUGUAAAGCAAUGAAAAAGUUGUUGUAUUAGCUGUUCCAACCGACCGUCUUAUUAGCCCUAGGACUUGGUUCGCCUUAUUCACCAUAGUACUAAUAUGUUCACUCCAAGUAAGAUCUUUUGAUAUAAUAAUUCCAAGAUCUUUAAAGCUCUUGACAUCUUUUAAGGCCGUACCUAGUUUAUAAUUCGUAGUCGAUUUGUCACGAGAAUGCGUUAUUCGCAUUGCUUCACACUUUUCCUCAUUGAAACGAAGUUGCCAUUUUUUCGCCCAUUUACCAAGAUUAUUCAAAUCAGUUUGAAGGUAUUGUUCAUCGAGACUAGGGUUGCGAAGCUCUCUGUAAAUCUUUGUGUCAUCCGCAAAUAAUUUAAUUUUUGAAGAGACACUAUCAACGAUAUCAUUUAUAUAUGCUAGGAAUAAAAUUGGACCAAGAAUAGUUCCCUGUGGGGCACCAGAUAUCACAGGUGCCCAAUCAGAAAAAGUCCCUCUUACAACAACUCGUUGCUUUCUACACGUGAGAAAAUGCCUCAACCAGUUAAGAAGUUUGCUCUCAAUACCGAGGCUAUAUAACUUUAUGAGUAGACGCUCAUGAGGAACACUAUCAAAAGCCUUUGCGAGAUCAAGAAAUACAACAUCUGUUGCUACAGAUGAAUUCCUAGAUCUGGCGAAGUGAUGAAAAGUAGAGAGUAAUUGGGUCACAGUAGACCUACCCUGCAAAAAACCAAAUUGGUUUUUGUUUAUCACGUUUUGGUCUUGCCAAAAUGACGUUAACAUAUCGCGUACAUUUUUUUCGCUGAUUUUGCAUAUCAUGGAUGUGAGCGAAAUUGGACGAUAAUUCUCCCUCAAGUGUUUAGAACCUUUCUUAUGAAGUGGGACAGUGUCAGCUGAUCUCCAAUCUUCGGGCAAAUGGCCUAGCAGGAAAGAUUUGUUAACCAGAAAUGAGGUCGAGGGCGCCAAUUCGAACGCACAUGAUUUUAAAAUUACUGGUGAAAUUCUAUCUGGACCCGGGGACUUGUUCGUUUUAAGAGACUUAAGAUGCUUUAAAAUUUCCUCAGUAGUACAGGAAAUAUAAUUAAGUUUCUCACAAACUAAAGGCUCUAAAGAAGGCAAGUUGGUGAAGUCCUCAGAGGUAAAAACAGAUGAAAAAUAGGAAUUACUUAAUUAUUCACAUAGAAGAGAGUACAAAGUUUAGAAUAGUUGUUAACGUUGUGAUGGAGGAAAUGGAGAAAUUUUGGAAUAGCAUGUGUUAAGACUAUGAUAAAGUUCCUUAAAUGAACUGACCAUUUAUGAAGCACUAAACUUUUUUCUAAAUAUGAUCAAGCAGUUAGGCUCUGGGCCCGCAACAAGCCCAUUCAGCAGAUGAGGGGGACAAGUGUACAGUUUACUGUAAGGGACCUGUAAAUAUGUUGAGAUGUUGAGAAUGGAGUAAAAUUCUUAAGUCUAGGUAUAAUUCCCAUGUCUCUAGUUAUCUUUAAUGAAACAUGACUGAUAUGAUGUUUCCAGGUGAGAUGUUUAUCACUAUUAGAACCCCACAUAAUGUGUAUGAUUAUUGUAAAUCUUUAAAGUUACUAAAUGAUUUAUUCGUUUUUGGUAGGGACAAAACGUAACAAAAUAAGUGUUUCCUAAUUUUAAGGGAAAGCUUAUUAAACUAAUAUAAGUAUUAGUAAUUAUCUUAUCUCUAGGGAACCAUAUUAAUUCCUUUCUGUUUAUUUGUAGAAAUCAAUCAAGUCAACAACAUGGUCAAACAGUCCAGUUGAUAUCAGCCUUGACAAUUUGAGUCCAAUGAGCCAUAGAGACAAGCCAAUUCAACCCAGCAUGAAUGAACUGUACUCAAACCAACAGCAAAUGAGCACAACAGCAGCUACAGUGGGGUUGUAUGGUAUGCCAGCUGUGCACCAAAUGCCUAACAUGGUAGGGGUUCCACCAAUGAACAUGGGUGUCCCCUUAAUGGGUAUGCCACCUCAAGUCAACAUGCUGACUACAAAUAUGAGUCAGAUGACUAUGUCCUCUAACAUGCCAAUGAUGCACAUGGCAGCAAACAAAGGAAUGGUAAGGCCGGUUUCCAUGCCUGGAGGAAUUAGUAACGUGAUGCAGCCCAGACAAAUGGGACAAUUUCAAAGCUUUGGCAGCAGUGGAUAUACAACAUACAAAGGUGUCAGUUGAUGUCAGUUAAGCAUAGGGAACAUAAUACUUUUAGGGAGUGGUGUUAGAGAGGAACCUGUUUUCGAUUAAAAGUGAAGUAUCAGGUAAAUUGGGGACAAACAUUUUAAGUCUAUGUAUUAUAUAACAUUGGGCUAGCCCAGAAGGACAGCAAUACCAGGUCAGACUGCCAGGUACACUUUAAAGAAAUGUUACUUGGGAAGAAUGCCUGUGUACUGGGGUUAGGCCAAUGAACCAAAUGCCUACAUUGAUUCAUAGAGUUUUAAAAAUUGGUUUUGUAAAAAAAUGAAUAUAUGUAAUUAACAUAAACAAUAAAGAAACGGCACAGAUUUCCUAACAAAAUACGAAAAUUGUUUUGAAAAAAAAAAAACUUGAGCAAAGUAACCACAUGUUGGUGAUUAUAUCUGAUAUAAACAUUUCAGGGAAGCGAAAUGGUAUCUGAAGCAAAAACAUACGUAAGUGAUGGAAAAGCCUUUCAGAUGAGUUGUGUAUUAUUUUACCAAAAUUGAGAGGAGAAGUCUUUACGUCACCUUGCCAUGGUAGCAAAAUUUCUGGAUGACAGGAAACCGAAAACGUCACUUAAAAAGUGAAUUCGCACUGUUUCAGACUUCAUCGAUCUUAUUCAGUUCCUAUUAACUUGUCAAAUGUUGACUAAAUUUGCGGGGAUUGAAUCCGAAAGGACUGUAUUUAAGUUUAGAAAAAGAAAAAAUAAAUUGUGUUGUGUUCAUCUACUUUACAAAGCAGGCGAGUGAAAUUAGGAAGUUUCACGUCGUAGUCGUGCUACGACGGCUAAGAAAUGUACAAAAAAGCGUGAUGCACGUGUAAAAGUGUUGUUUUGCUCAUUAAACCUAGUGCUUUUUUGCCGUUGCCGUUGCCGUUGCCGUCGUCGUUGCUUAAGCUCCGUAUCGUUGUGAUCCAAAAAAUCUUGCUACCAUGGUAACAUGACGUCACACUUCUCUCUUUUGUUAUCUCAUUUAUAAAAUUAGCCGAACCCACAACAUCUAAAAAAGCAGUUAACACCGCUUUGUUUUAUUUUUGAAGUAUGUCAUACCUAAAAAUCGUCCAGCUGUGGAAUGGGACUGGUUAUCAAGAAUAGAUUAGUUAAACAAAUAUUUUUCAACAAAUUUCCUGCUUUUGAAAAGUUUAACUAAUGGGGGUGCUGUGCCACUGCCUCAGUAUGGCUGAUACUCUUUUGUCUUGCACCACAACAAAGUCAUAUUGAACACGUUGUACUUGUUCUUUUUACUGUUUGUUUCCAUUUGUUGAUGAACUUAUAUGCUAGCUAACAUUGGAGUGAAAAUAAUGCUCUUUUUAAUUGUGUGAGUACUGUUAGUUGAAUCAAAUUAAAGGCCAACGUGUAGUUAGUUAGAAAACAGUAAAAAUAACGUGAUAGUGCAACUGCAGCAUUUUGAUGACUUGAAAUUUGUUAGAAGAGAUGCACAUUUUAAUUUUAAUGUGCAUUGUCUGAGACUGUUGCUUCAUCGAAAGGGUUUUCAACUGAAAUGGCGUCUACUGGAAAUACAGACUAAAAUGUAGAGUUAGUUGGCACGCGUAGAUCCAUGUGUACCGAUCACCCGUAACGAAAGGGGUGAAGUUGACUUUGUUCAAGAAAAUGUUUUGUGUACGUGUACAAUGAAAGUGAGCUUGGUUUGGUGCUCUUUCCUUCUAAUCAAGGUUAGGAAUAUAGAAAUCCUGAAAAUAAACCUUGACAAGUUUGUUCGUGGCAAAACCUGUUUGAUUUUUGGUAAACUAAAUUCGGUGGACUAGUAAGACUCGUAAACGUAACUUAUACUUUUGCAAUUUUCGACACAUUUUAGUCUUGUUUUCCAAGUGAGACGAACACAUUUAUUGUAUUAAAUAUCAGACCGAAUUUAAUGUUGAGAGACAAGAGUGCUUAAGUGCUUUUUGUUACCGUACUUAUAUAUAUUAUAUUGGAAUUUUAUGUUAACCUCGUACCUCAUUUUCCUUUGUCUUGAUAAUGUUAAGUGUACAGUCCAACAAAGGAAACCAUUAAAAUGACCGGGGAUAUAAUUGAAUCACAGCAUGUUACUUUUUUUAAUGGAAAUCAAAAGAAAGUAUAUGUUCUAGUGUCUUAAUUGAUCAACUCUCUUCAAAAUGAUCACGGAUAGGGACUUUAAAACCUGUUUACCUUGGUAAAUUAAAUUACUACAUAAUUUAUGGUUUUCUAAAGCAUUGUAUUAAGAGAAAGUAUCAGACAUUCUCAAGUAGUAGCAUUAACGUUACAACGUGAAUUUGGAGGAAUUUUUUUUGUAUUUUUUUAACUUCUGAAAUUAAAUGUGACGGAGAACCAGUG